AUGAAGACUAUCAAGUUGUACUCAUGGCUUCUCUGUGGACUGAGUGCCUCCGUGGUCCACGGUGUCAUGCCGCGUUCUCGCCCUGAUGCUAGGGCCAUCAAGGAACACUUUGGAGAAAACCCCAAUGCUAACCAGCUCUUUGCCGCACCGCCAACGAAUGGACGAUUUAUUGAUCGUGCAGGAUGGGGGGUGUACUGUGACAGUGUGGAACCUGGCAACGAAUGCUGGAAAGCAAUCGACGGAGACAAUAAUACAGUCUGGCACACGCAAUGGUCUGGCACAUCUCCUGGUCCGCCUCACAGCCUCACGCUGGACAUGCGCACCACGCACAACAUUAAUGGUAUUUCAGUCCUGCCGCGGCAAGACAACAGCAAGAAUGGCUGGAUCGCCCGGCACGAAAUCUCCGUCAGCGAGGGCGGCGACAACUGGGAAGUCGUGGCCAUGGGCAACUGGCCGGCGGAUGCGCUCAUCAAGUAUGCCAACUUUGAAACGAAAAGAGCACGCUAUGUCCGCAUCAAGGCCAUGAGCGAGACGGACGGCAACGCCUGGACGAGUAUUGCCGAUCUCCAAGUCUACGACGCCAACGCGGAGCCGACGCCGUACGCCGGCCUCGGGAAAUGGGGACCGACCAUUAACUUUCCCACCGUGCCCGUGGCCGGCAUGGUCGACCCUCUGACGGGCAAAAUCACCAUUUGGUCUGCCUAUGCCUAUAACAACUACCUCGGUUCCAGCUGGGACCGCGUCUUCACCUCCGUCUGGGAUCCGUCCACCAACGACGUCGAGCCCAAGAUUGUCGACGACACGGACCACGACAUGUUUUGCCCGGGCAUCUCCAUUGACGGCAAGGGGCAGGUCAUUGUCACGGGCGGCAACUCCAAGCUCAAGACGACAAUCUACGACUUUCCCUCGCAGAGGUGGAAUCCGGGCCCGGACAUGCACGUGCCGCGCGGCUACCAGUCUUCGGCCACCUGCUCCGACGGCCGCGUCUUUACCAUUGGCGGCUCGUGGAGCGGCCAAGAGGUGCAGCCCAAGGACGGCGAAAUCUACGACUUUCGCUCCAACGCGUGGACGAACCUGCCCGGCGCCAAAGUCGCCAACCUGCUGACGCAGGACGCCCAGGGCAUCUACCGCUCCGACAACCACGCCUGGCUGUUUGGCUGGACCAACGGCACCGUCUUUCAGGCCGGGCCCAGCACCGCCAUGAACUGGUACGAGACCAACGGCAAUGGCAACGUGAGGUCGGCUGGCAAACGCACCUCAAACCGCGGUGACGACUUAGACUCCAUGUGCGGCAUCGCCGUCAUGUACGACGCCACGGCCGGCAAGAUUCUCACCGCCGGCGGCGCGCCCUCGUACCAAAACAGCCAGGCGCACACCAACGCGCACAUCAUCACCCUUGGGCGGCCCGGCGACCGGCCCAGCGUCCGAUUUGCGAGCAACGGCAUGUGGUCGGCGCGCUCCUUUGCCACGGCCACGCUCCUGCCCAACGGCCAGACCUUUAUUACCGGCGGCCAGAGCUACGCCAUCCCUUUUGAGGACAGCACGGCGCAGCUGACGCCCGAGCUGUACGACCCGGAGCAGGACAGCUUCCGGCAGCAGGCGCCCAACGCGAUCCCGCGAACCUACCACAGCAUCUCGCUGCUGAUGCCCGACGCCCGCGUCUUUAACGCGGGCGGCGGUCUGUGCGGCGACUGCAACACGAACCAUUUCGACGGCCAGGUAUUCACCCCGAGCUAUCUGCUCAACAGGGACGGCUCUCCUGCCGUCCGGCCCGCGAUUACAUCGGCCGAUGUAAACGCUGGCCGCAUUACUAUCGGGACCGACGGCGCCGUGUCGUCGGCGUCGCUGAUUCGCGUGGGCACGUCGACGCACACCGUCAACACGGACCAGCGCCGCAUCCCGCUCAAGCUCGCCCGUCGGGGCAACAACAACCGGUCGUACACGGCGCCGUUGCCUACGGAUCCUGGCAUCCUCUUGCCAGGCUACUGGAUGCUGUUUGUCAUGAAUGGCGAUGGCGUCCCGAGCGUCGCCAAGAUAAUCAACCUUUCUCUAUGA